AUGCCUUUUUGGAACGUUAUUUCAUCGUCAUCAUCCAAGAAGAAGAAGAGAAAGGAGGAAGAAGAGCCAACCGAAGAAAAACUUCCAACAGGAUGUCUUCACCAUAAGAAUCAUGAAAAAACAGCCACUGGUGCAAUCACUUCCGAUGAGAGAAUGAAUUCCGAAACAAAUAAUCAUCAUCAUAUUAAUAAUGAAAAGAUAAAGAUCAUUGAGAUUGAGCAUUUACCAUUGAUGGAGAACGAUCCAAAACAUUUAUUAAAAAUUGUACACAUGAGUGAUAGCCACCGAUUUCAUGAAAAUUUGAAGAAUUUUCCUGAAGGAGAUGUAUUUAUACAUUCUGGAGACAUUUCCCAUAAGAGUGAAUGGAAAGAUUGCGAGAAUGAUCAGAUCCAGACGAAAGAAUUAGAAUCUAAUUUUAAAUGUGCUCCUAGCGUAAUUUCAUUCAAUAAGUGGCUUGAUAAAUUACCUUACAAGGUGAAAAUUGUAAUUUUAGGAAAUCAUGAUAUUGGAUUUAAUGGAAUUUCUCCAAAUUUUAUACAGCAAAAAAUAUUACCAAAUGCCAUUUAUCUUCAAGAUCAAGCAGUAAUUAUCAAAUACAAGGGAAAACAUUUACUCAAAAUUUAUGGAACGCCAUGGACUACAAGCCGAAAUAUGGGAUUCAGUAUGAGUCAUUCAUUGAUCGAUCAAAAGUGGAAAGAAAUUCCAGAAGAUGUUGAUAUUUUAGUGACACAUUUACCUCCGUUUGGAGUCAUGGAUUUGGCUGGUGGCUCUGAACCGCAACAAUAUUGUGACUAUUGUAAAAAGAAUCACAAGUAUAGGAGACAUUGGGGAAAUGUGGCUUUACGAAAACGGGCAAUACAGCUCAAUGAAAAGGGAAAAUUGAAAGCACACUUGUUUGGACAUGUUCAUGAAUUCCAUGGAUUGGAAAUUGAAAGACAUUCGAAAGGCAAAGUUCCAUUAAUUUAUUCCAACGGAGCUUCUGUUACUAAUCAUAAUGACACGGACGUUAAAAGUCCUAAUGUCAUUGAGAUUGACAUGGAUGAAAUACCUGACAAGAAAUGA